GUCACCACAACAACUCUACCUGUGUGUUGUUUUUCCCUUUGCGAUGCAAAACCUAGACGAAGCGGCGCGAGACCAGGAGCAGCAGCGCGAGGCGCAGCGGAAAUUGGGCCUUCCCACCAACUACCGCUUCGAGAUCGAGAAGUGCAUUAAGCGGAUCAAGGAGAAGGGGGCACGGCGCGUGGCGCUGCAGUUCCCCGAGGGCCUCCUGCUCUUCGCCGCCCCCAUCGCCGACAUUCUCGAGGAAGCCACCGGCGCUGAAAUGGUGAUUUUAGGCGACGUCACCUACGGCGCGUGCUGCGUCGACGACUUUUCCGCCGCCGCGCUGGGCUGCGACUUCCUCAUUCACUACGGCCACAGCUGCCUCAUCUCCAUUAAGGAUUGCAUCUUGGCCAAUAUGAUGUACGUCUUUGUGGAGAUCGAUAUUGAUGUGCAGCACUUCAUCGACACCGUCAAGGUCCUCGUCCCGGCGGAGGCGCGGGUGGGGUGCAUCGGCACGGUGCAGUUCAUCUCGUCCAUGCGCGCAGGGCUGCGUGUGCUGCAGGAGGAGCACUUCACACACCCCGUGGUCAUCCCGCAAAACCGCCCGCUCUCGACGGGCGAGGUGCUGGGCUGUACCAGCCCUAAGGUGAAUCCCGAGGAGGUGGAUCUCGUCAUCUACGUCGGUGAUGGUCGCUUCCACGUCGAGUCGUUCUUGAUUGCACACCCCACCCUGAACGCGCUGCAGUACGACCCGUACAAGAAGACGCUCACGCGCGAAACGUACGCGACGUCGGAGAUGCGGACGAUGCGCCGGGAGGCGGUGGAGAAGGCCAAGGCGGCGCAAAGCUUCGCAAUCGUGAUGGGCACGCUCGGCCGGCAGGGUCACCCGCGUGUGGUGGAUCGGAUCAUGGCGCUGGCCAAGCGCCAGGGCAAGCAGGUGACGCUGCUGCUCAUGUCCGAGAUUUUCCCUCAGAAAAUGGCGCGGCUAGAGGAUGUCGACUGCUACAUCCAGGUAGCCUGUCCACGUCUUUCGAUUGAUUGGGGCUACGCCUUUGACCGCCCGCUGCUGUCGCCCUACGAAGCGGAGGUGGCGCUCGGGAACGUAGAGUGGCAGGAGGAGUACCCGAUGGAUCACUACUCUCGCGGUGGGGGCAAUUGGGCUGUCUACACAGAUAAAGCUCUCUAA